AUGGACUUACCAUCGUCGUCGUCAUCAUCAUCAUCAUUGCUAUGGAGCGGUCUUUUCUUGCUCCACCAUUUCAUCUCCUCAUCAAAGCAGACACAUGAUCUUUUUUUUACUCUUUAUUUGGGCAGAACUUCUGAGCUGGCCUUCAUUAAAGAGCCCCAUGAUGUCAUUGCUGUAAGGGACCGCCCCUUGAUGUUGGACUGUGAGGUGGCGGGAGAAGGCCCUAUUACUAUUACCUGGAGGAAGAAUGGGGUACCUAUUCAGGUGGGCCCCAGAGUGGCCGUGUUAAGCAAUGGCAUGCUCCUGAUCCGAAAUUUCCAGAAACGGCGUGAGAGCAACGAGACAGAUGCGGGAGAGUAUGACUGUGCUGUACAGAACCGCUAUGGCAUGCUGAUCAGCCGUAAAGCACGCGUCCAGUUUGCAUCUCUUCCCAAGUUUCACACCCACCCAGAGUCCAUGGCAGUGGAUGAAGGAGGGGUGGCCCGUUUCCACUGCGCCAUCAAUGGGAUUCCUGAAGCUAGCAUCACGUGGGAGAGGAACAGAACCACACUCGGCACAGACGAUGACAGGUAUACUCUCCUGCCCUAUGGCAUUCUGCAGGUCACCGGUGUGCAUCAUGAAGACAGUGGAUUGUAUCGCUGUGUAGCCAAAAACAUUGCUAACACACGUUAUAGUCAUGAGGCCCUGCUUACGGUCACUGUGGCAACUCCUCGUACCUAUAAGGAGCCAGUGAUUCUCUCAGGUCCUCAAAAUCUCACCAUUAAUGUCCACCAGACUGCCAUCUUAGAGUGCAUUGCCACAGGCAACCCCCGACCAAUUGUGUCCUGGAGCAGGCUGGAUGGACGUUCCAUUGGAGUAGAGGGUAUCCAGGUGUUGGGCACAGGUAAUCUUAUGAUCUCCGACGUUUCCCUACAGCACUCUGGAGUCUACGUGUGUUCAGCCAACAGACCUGGAAGCAGGAUGAGGCGUACCGCACUGGGCCGACUGGUGGUGCAAGCUCCACCUGAGUUCCUGCAGUGGCCACAGUCUGUGUCUAAGCCAGUAGGGGGCAGUGCGGUGUUUACCUGCCAGGCUCAGGGAGUCCCAGAGCCUCACCUCAUCUGGCUGAAAAAUGGCAAGAUCCUCACUCCUGGAGACAAUGUUAAACUCACCAAUAACAACAGCACUCUGGCUGUGACCCGGAUCACUGCCGAGGAUGAGGCCAUCUACCAGUGCAUAGCAGAGAACAGCGCUGGCACUAACCAGGCUAGUGCACGCUUAGCUGUGUCCCAGUCUCUUGAGAGUCCACUUCCCGAAGCCCCACAGGACCUGACGGCCACACCACUUACACACACAUCCCUGCAGCUCAGCUGGAACCAGCCUGAAAGCCACGUGCCCGACAACAUCAUUGGCUAUGUGCUGCACAUCCGCAUGCUUGGCGAGCCAGACAGUAAAGAGCUCCAGGAGGCUGUGAGUAAGGACACAUUCCAGCAUGAGUUUAAUAAUCUGGAACCAGCAACCACUUACUCCAUUUACCUCAAAGCUUACUCUCCUCUGGGGGCCAGCCAGAAGUCCAACACUGUCAUUGCUACAACACUAGGGGGCGUUCCCACAAUGCCCAGUUUCUUCAGUAAAGUUCUAAACAGCACGGCAAUUCAGAUUUAUUGGGAACUGCCCAGUAAACCAGGGAAGCUGGAGGGCUUUAAACUGUCGCACCGUGUUGUGCCUCAGGAGCAGUUUGGUCCAGAGGAGCUCUUCCCCAGCCACAUCAACACACACACCAUCUUGCACCUCGAGCCAGCAGCUGUGUAUGAGAUCCAGUUGGUAGCGUUUAAUGGGAAUGGAGACAGCAUCGGGAAUAAACGGCUUGUCUCACUGGCUGAGAGUGGAACAGGAGACAUGAACAGUGCUGGAGGGCAAAGCAUGUGUAACUGCAGGCAGGAUGGCGAGAGCUCUAUAACUGGCAUAGUGGUUGGCAUCCACAUUGGAAUGGCCUGCAUCAUCUUCUGCGUGCUCUUCCUCAUGUUCGCAUACCGCCACCGCUCAUUUUGUAGAAAGGGCACCCAGGAUGACUGGAGAGUACCACAGAGAGGAGCAGGACCAGUGGGAGACACGGUACCUAAAGAGGGAGUGAUACACAACACUGAGGCUAUUGAGCUAAUGCCACAGCCUCAGAGCAGUUCUGCAGAGAGCCAGGCUGCAGGGGCACACUGCCAGGUUCUCAUUGAGCAGCAACCCAACUUCCAGCAAGGCACAACCAUGAGCACUGGCACAGGCUGA